AUGUUUGGUGCACGAAUUGAAGGACCAUAUUCAUUUCGCACAUGUAAAGGAGCGUGCGCAAAUGACGAAGAUCCUGUGAAAAGUGAUAAUGAAAUACAGUGCUCAGGAUUCAAUCAUCGUCAAGGUUUACCACAAUAUUCACAACAUUGCCAAUUAUAUCAAGCUGAUCAAUUACAACAUGGUGAAAGUUUUUUUGAAGCCGAUGAUAGAUAUUCAUUUUAUUGGGAAUAUUGUGUACAGUCAAAUAAAAGUUGUUCGGGCGAUUAUGCAUUCACAUAUUUAUCAGAUCGUUAUAUGGAUUUACGUGAAGUUCGUGAAGUGAUGCGAACUAAAACUCUUGAAGAUUGCUUAAGUGCAUGUUUGGACGCAGUCAAUUAUGCAUGUCGUAGUGUUUCCUACAAUCGUACUGAUGGUGAUUGCUUCUUAUCACAGCAUAAUCAAUUGAGUAAACCAGCAUUGAUCAAAAUUAACAACAAUCCCAACUACCGAAUUGAUUAUUACGAAAAUAGUUGCACAAAUAUUGCAGAUUCAUUCACAUUUGAUUACGAGUGCAAAGAUGAUGGAAUAGAGGUGAAGGUCAUUUCAAAGUAUCCAUAUACAGGUGCCAUGUAUGGCCUUUAUGACUUUUUCACAUGUCGUAUUGAACCUAAAAACAACACUAAUUUUGAAUAUUUCUUUCCAUCACCAACAAUUUCCAAGAAUUGCAGUGAUAGUAUACGUUAUAAGGGAAAAGAUAUGGUAUUAGAAAUAGUUAUAUCAACAGAUGGUGUUGAACCAUUAUAUUUUAUAACACCUGAUGAUCUUACCUAUCAAGCUCGUUGUCCAUUAAAUGAAGCUAAACGUUUAGAUCAAAGUACCGAUCAUCAUUCAACCCUUAAAAAGUAG